AUGACAUGUUCCUUUUUAAACUUCACAUCAAUUAUCAUCUAUCAAUCUAAGCAUACAUCUCUUGUUUUUAAUACAGUUCCAUCACAACCUCCCACUGCCUUCCAGUUGACUGCAAGCUCUUCUACCAGCAUCACAGCUUUCUGGAAGUUACCACCAGUCUUUGCCAGACAUGGAAACAUUGCAGGGUUUAAAUUGUUUUACAAAAAGAAAGGUUCUGGUGGGUCAGCAACAACCUUGUCUAUUAACAAUGGGGCAACAUUAAGUAGAACUGUCAGUGGGCUUGAUAAGUUCACAGAAUAUGAAUUUCAAGUUUUGGCCUUCACUUCUGGUGGUAAUGGACCGAAAAGUUCUGUGAAAGUGAAAAGAACAAUGGAAGAUGGUAUGUGACAAUUCAGGGAUAAUGGAAUGACUGUCAACCUUAUUUUUUGAAUUUGCAUCUUCAUUGCGGGUUAAUUAGAUACCGAUCACACAAUAAGAAGGCUAAACAAUUGAAUAGUUUGGAAUCAAUUGAUUACUUUAAUUUAUCAAAACACAAGAGCAUUUAUAUUCAUGUGGCAAGUUAAGACGUGAUAGAAGUUUUCAAAAACUAAUUAAAAACACUACUGCCCAAUUGCAGCUCCUUCACAACCUCCAGCUAACUUCAAUGUCAUUCCAACCUCCUCCACUGGUGUAACAGCAUCAUGGCAACUGCCACCAGCAAACUCCAGGAAUGGAAUAAUUAAAGGAUUCAAAUUGUUUUACAAAAGGAAAGACUCGUCAGGCUCAGGCACCAUUCUUCCUAUCAACAGUGAAUCAACUUUAAACAAAAAUGUCAAUGGGCUUUAUAAGUACACAGAGUAUGAAUUUCAAGUGUUGGCCUUUACUUCUGCUGGUGAUGGUGUAAACAGCUCUGUUAUUGUUAAUAGAACAAAAGAAGAUGGUUAGAGAAACUUUUUGUUUUAUCUUCUUAAAAUGUCAUGACUUUUUAAUAAAAGGUCAGAUACACUUGCACUUCUCAUACAGUUUUCUGAUGUGAUGAGAAAAGUGAAAAUCUAUAAUUAUGCAAUAUGUGAUUUUAAUAACCAUGAUUUAACACACUGUUAUAUCAGCGAGUCAUGAGUGGUAAGGUAAUUAUUUGAAGAUAACUAACAUAAUGUAUGCAUUCUGAUUGGCCAUCAAAUAAUGACUAUUUUGUCAAGAAAUUAUAAGCAUGCAAUUGAAUAUUAGCAAUUAUGUUGGCUGUUAUUGGAAGAUUACAGGCUUCAUAUGCAACAAUUUCAGCUUGCUAAUUGGUUGAGAACACACCAGUUUAUCUCAUACAGUGCAGAAAGUUGAAAUUAAGCGCAAAAAUUGGAAAUGAAAUUGAUUCACAGGAAUGUCGCAAAUGGCGGACAGGUUAGCAGCAAGUAGCAACUUUUAAAUUCAAAGUUUGAAGGAGAGUGCUCAAAACAGAAACACCCAACAAAGCAAAGACAACUGGCUAAAAGUCCGGAAGACUUGGCUUCCCAAAAUGGCUAUGACAGAAGUAUUGAAACAUACGAAAUUCUCGAGAAGUUUAGGUAACAGUUCGUACCAAAUAAGGAGAGACUAUAAGGGUGAUAGCCUGCGUGUACUGGUUGCUGCUAUUAAGUGAUCAUUUGAGUAAAAAUAAUGAGAAGAUGACGAUCAUAAUGACAUUGCUUAUCGUUAGGAUUACUGUCUUUUUUUUUAUAAUCAUAUGCAACUUCUCAAUUACAGUUCCUUCACAACCUCCUCGUGGCUUUACUCUGGCUGCAACCACUUCUGAAAGUAUAACAGCAUCCUGGCAGUUACCACCAAAAGACUCCAGAAAUGGAAUCAUCAUAGGGUAUAAAUUGUUCUACAAAGAGAAAGGCUCUUCAGGGGCGGGAAGCUCGAAACUCAUUAACAGUCAGGCAACUCGCUCUCAAGAGGUCACUGGGCUUGAUAAGUACACAGAUUAUGAAUUUCAAAUUUUGGCAUUCACUUCUGUUGGGGAUGGACCAAAAAGUACAGUUGUUUAUGAGAAAACAAAGGAGGCUGGUAAGAAAUAGGAUUUUAUCUAAGUCCUAUCUCCAUGAAACUCAGAAAAACAUGGAUGCCACAAAUGUCUCUGAGAUGGUAUUCCGCCUAAAGAGAGAUCAAGCAGUCUUGAGAAAACGUAUAUAACUUAAUUGUUUGCUUGUCAGGUCUGUGAUGUGAUAGCUAUAUCUCAACACAAUCAACAUUCCAAAGUCAAAAUUUUAUCUCAGGUGUUUAUGGCUUCCUAAAUUUUAUAAAAACACACCUGCCCCCGUACAUGCAUGUUUGUAAUGUUACAACAUACCUUAUUGUUAGCUAUUAAUCAUAUGAUUUUCAAAAAUCGUGAAGUAAGAGACCCGCGUAAAACUCUUUUCGCGAGCAUUAACCACGCAAAAUUUAAUAUAAUGACUAACAGUUAGGGAAAGCGCUACGUUACCAAAAGCUAGGAGAAAACAGGAGUCGCUGGGGUAGGAAAGGGUGAGUCAGCUCCUCCCGAGGAUCUGUUUGAAGAAAUUGACCAUAUCCUUAAGCUGUAAGCGUAAAUAGACGGUGUCAUGUACUCAUGUACGCACUGCUUUGUUGCAAAGGUACAUGUUAAACUGUUUUAAGUUUUGUUUUGUUAUAGUAAUUUGUUGUUCAGUGCUAUUGGAAAUUACUGUUGCGGAAAAUUAAAAUCAAUUUUGCUGACUCUGAGACUGUUUAUUAUGUAAUUGCAUUUACAACUCAAACAUGUUUAAAUCUGAAUUUGCCUCCUUCCCAAGGAGGCAUUAAUAUCUUUCUGGAUGAAAACUUCUUAGUUGUAGCUGCAGGUUGGUUAUUUACAGAGGCUGUAGUAAAAAGGAAAAUAACACUCAGUCAGAUUCAUUAUUUAAAGAUAAUAAUUGAAAUGUGACUGCUCAAUUGCAGCUCCUUCGCAACCUCCCUCUCAGUUUAAUGUCACUGUGGAAUCUUCAACCAGUAUCACAGCAUCAUGGCGGUUACCACCAGAAGGCUCCAGACAUGGAAUCAUCAAAGGAUAUAAACUGUUCUAUCAAAAGAAAGGCUCAGACUCAGCAACCUUCUUGACACUGAACAAUAUAAAAACAUCAGAAAGAGUUACCCAGCUUGAUAAAUACACUGAAUAUGAAUUUCAAGUGUUGGCCUUUACUUCUGCUGGUGAUGGACCAAACAGUUCUACUGUUUUCAAGACAACGAUGCAAGAUGGUGCGAAUCAGAAGUGCUUUAACUAACAUUUGAACAUAAAAGGGAUGUUACUUUUUUAGGGUGAUUGCUUUUAUGUAAGGCUAUCAAGAGUGUCCUUCAUAAUAUAUCUCACACUUAAACAUGUGUGAAGAUGAUACCCAAACUAUUUCUUGAAUGAUAUAUAUUUUUUUGAAUCCCAAGUAAUCUUUUUUGAAACAGCAUGAAGUUAUUGUUGAUUUGUUCGCUCUUAAUUAGUGUUAACAAUUUCCCUUUAUUCUGCCAGCGCCUGAUGCACCUACCUCCUUGUCAUAUACUGAUGUUUCACCAAGCAAGUCACAUGGUCCUAGAAUAACCCUGACCUGGAGUGAGCCUGCAGAAAGAAAUGGAGUUAUCAAAAGUUACACUUUGUUUUACAGCCACGAUGGAGUUGCACCAAGAGAGAUUUCUGGAAUAGGCAAAGCUGCACUUAGUCACACUGUUGAUGUAUUAGGUGGAGUGACUUAUCAGUUUAACGUCAGAGCUGUGACUAUUAAACCUGGAAAAAAUGCCACGAAAACAGUAACUACUAAGGAAUAUGGUAAACUUUACCUUUAUAUCUUUGAAAGGACCGCUUUUUAUUUUUACCAUACUAAAAUAAAUUUUUAUAUAUUUUGUAAGUUCAAAAAACAGACAGUAGUUGGUCACCCAAAAUAACUUAAGGGCUAAACUACUUGGGUGACUCUUAUUUAUUAGUUGGGAAAACACAAAAGUAGGGGAAAAAACGGCAAUUACCUAAAUUAUUUUUGCACAUAUCUUCAUUGAUAUUGACACCUAUAGUACAAAUUAUCUAAAGAUGAUUUACCUACGCUACUUUACAUGUAUUAAAUAAUAAAAAAAAGUCAGGAAACAACAUAAGUAUUGUUGAAAACGAGCAAAUUAGUACAAGUGACUUUCAUUUGCUGUGAAUCAAUUAACAAAAUGUCCUGUUUUUUGUUAGCUGAAGAUUUAAGCGAUCCCAAUUGUUCAACUAAUUACUAAUAAUAAGAAAAUAUCUUAGAUUGUAGACUUGCAGGUGCAUUUUAGGUGACAAAGGUUCAACUGCCACUUUACUUUAUAAAGAAUUCUUAGUAUUUUUCUCCAAGUUGUGGUAAAAAUAUUUCCCCUUUGUGAAUAGGAUACUCAAACAUUUUUUUCUAAAACUAAUAAUAUUGUCUUCUGAUAGCGUGAGGUUUUUACUCUAUUUCUUAGCACCCGGAGCUGGCCCAGAACUUCCUUCAUCCGCUCAAGUGAACAAGACGACUUUUAACAUAUCAUGGGAACCUCUAUUAAGAGAAAAGAGUUAUGGAAAAGUUAUUUUGUAUGAAGUCAAGGCCAUCUUCUUGAAGAAAGGAAAUUUGCGCAAAAGAUCUGUAAUUUACAGCCCUGUCAAUACCUCAGUGACAUUUGUUGUCCUGUCUGACUUAGAGCUUUGUUCUAAAUAUAAUGUCUCUGUUCGAGCUUACACAGCAGAAGGGCCUGGACCUUAUGGCGAACCUUUGGAACUGGAAACAUCAAGUGAGUGUGAUGAGAUUAUUAUGAAAAUGCUAUUGGUUUGUGACAUGAUUGGUGUCAAAAAAAACCUAAAAAAAUAAUUUUGUUUUAUUUUAUAAUAAUUGACAAUUUAAAAAAAGCACAACUUUCAUUAUAUGAUUAGAUUCUUUCCUCAAGUUAUUCUGACUCGAUAACUUUUUCAAUAAACAAGGCUUUUAUUUAACUUUUUUGUUCUCUAACGUAACACUAUAGGACCUGAAGCACCCGGGGAAUUUAAAGUAACAGACUUUGGAACAAAACAGAUUACCCUGGCGUGGAAACAAUAUGAUGAAAAGGAAAAAAUUGUCUAUACUGUAAGUUGGAUUAAAAUUACCGUAUUUCUGCCCUUUGGGUGCAAUUAUUUGGCAUGUAAUUAUAAGUAGUACGUAUACCGUACAUAGUUAGACAUGUCUUGAAAUAAUAACAAUAAUCGAAAUAUUUAUCCAGGGUAACCCUUCAAUACAAAAGUACUGUUAGUAACGGGGUUCUGCUGAUUAAGAAUUUAAAACUAAGAAAUAUGAAAUUAUUAAAAUAUAUAUAAGAUGGUGCCUAUAGUACUAUCUAGAUAGAUAGUACCUAUAGUCCUCUAAUUUCAAACUUAAUGUUUGUGUGAGAGGUUUUAUGUAUAUUCAUAUUUCUAGUGCUGAUACUAAUAAAUGUGUAAUGACGAUGCCAACGAGAAUUUCUUAAUAUAUUUCAUCAAUAGGAUUUUGUUUCAAUUGAAAUUUAUUUUUCAAAAGAAAAAAACAACUCUUAUCUUUGCUAGAUUUUCAAGAAACUUUAACCCUUGGGAAUGGCUUGAUUCCAAGUCAGACCAAUUAUAUCUUAGUCACAACGUCAUAUGUUUACAAAAGGGAGGUCCUUUUUAUAUAUUUUGACUCAAUUUCAAUUUAUAUCACAAAAGUAAUCAGGCAAGUCACCCAAAAUUAGACCGGAGUCAUUAUUUCAGCUGGAAACUAUUGACUUUGGUUAAAUCCCAUUCUUGAAAUCGAAUAAUUUGUACCAAAAUAAAAAGUCAAAAUUACAAAACUUAUUUAUUUUAUCUGAACAUUAACUGUUCCUCGAAAUUCACAAUUGCUGUAUAAAAAGCUUUGUAUAAUUUUGUCCAAGUUUACUCCCUAUCAGGGUUUUUUUAGCAGAUUAACGUAGAUCCUAUAAUGAGGCUUGAAUUAUAGAAACAUUAAAUUUGAAGUAAUUUUCUAUCGGAGCCUUUUGUACUUAAUCGUGUAGGUGAAGUACACUGGAACAAAGUCCUAUAAUAAAACGUUCAGAGAUGCUGAGAAGAUUAUAGAAGCAAUAAAGGCAACAACACAGAAGGUAGAAGGGUUGAUUCCAGGCACCACAUAUGAAUUUAGUGUUCAUGGCAACUCUGUUUGUGGCGAGAGCGCUUCCAAAGUCGUCUCAAAAAUGACAGAUAUGAUAGGUAAGUUUCCAAAUUCUUUGAGGCUAACCAAUCAUUGUAAUAGGUUAUCUAUGAAACUAUCUAAGAAAACAUUCGCUCUGACGAGGGGCUAACGCUCGAAACUUCAGCUUUGAAACUCUUAACGGUGGCAAAUUUACGUUAUCUUCUCAGUUGACAAUACAAAAUCACCCUGUUAUACUCUCCCACCGACGCAGCACCACAGUUUCUUUAGAAACUUAGCCCCUUCGAUCAUUUACCAAUGAAACUGUCACCUUUCCAUUUUAGUGAAAACCAAUGAUAUCAAAUUUUUGUAAAGUUUUGUUUUAGAUAGAUCUGGCCCCGUUUGUUUGAAGAGAGUUCACUCUAUCCUCUGGUUCCUAGUGUAGAGUAUCGAUAGCGAUUUAAGCGUUGGAUAUGCCCUUUGAAUGGACCUUGUUUUUGAUGUUUGUCUGCUUUCGAAAUGAAUCGGUGAAAGUUUUUUUUUUUCUGCUGGUAAAAGAAAAUAAUAUUAAAACUGACUGGUGAUAAUCAAAAGUGCCCAAUGUCUUUUAAGAAAUAGUUCUUAUAGGAACAUCGAGUUACAUGUACAUUGAUCUUCCGAAAAGACAAUAAAUUGCGACCAUCAAUUGGUAAUGCCAUGAAAUUCUGUCAAACAAAAGUGAAUUAUUAAUAUCUUGCCGUCCUUUUGAUCAAGUUACCUCUUGAACAGUUGAGUUAUUUUAAUUCACUAAUAAGAUUCUGCGUAGAGUCCUGAAUCACCUUCUGAACUUGUAAUCAUACAGCUAUAUUAUCUCAUUUAAUGAGAACCCUUUCUGUACUAAAGUGUUGUUGUGGUUCAGAAGUUAUUUUUUUCCUUACCAGCUCCUGAAGCCCCAUUUCCACAUAAUAUAACCGAUGUCGAGGUUUCUCACACAGCUGUGGAUAUUUAUCUGUGGCCUGUUGAACAAAAAUAUGGUCCAGUAAGGUAAUUAUCAAUACGAAGGUAAUUUUCUCUAGAACCAGCGGUAGAAUAGAUCCUUCAUUAAGAUGUAAGGUAAGAUUACCUGCCGCUGCUCGAGAAAUGAUUUCACCCUCCCUCCACGAAGGCUAGAUUCGUGCGUGCGGCGGAAAUUAAACUUAAUAGGCGUUAGAUAUUUCAUAAUUUUUGAAAAAGGUUUAUUCAAAGGGUCUUUUAGGAAAAAAAAAUGAAUUACGAAACUGUCGGUGGAUUCUCGAUGUUUAUGGUCAGUGGCUCUUAAAUGCUAUAUUAAUGGCCUCUUUUCAAGAUGUCACUCAUUAGUCAGACAUUUUGUUCUAUACCUUUCAGUGCCUAUCAGGUUAUUGUUCUGAAAGUCGCUGAAGGUAUUGAAGAGCUGCCGGGUGAUUAUGGUUUUCGACUUAAGUCUGCCAGUGAUGCAAAGAAGGAAGAUUUAAACUUUUAUAUUGCUGCCGAGCAAGAAAAUGCACCAGUGAUUGACAAGCCUUGGAAAUUUACUGUUGGUGACGGUAAAAAAACUGCAAAUUAUAUUAAUGGAAGACUUGAAAGCGGAGAGAAUUACAUUGUGUAUGAAAGAGCUUUAACUAAAACCGAGAAUGUAAGUAUACCAGUUAUUUUAAUAGAUGUUACUCCCUUUUUGUAUUAAGAACGAGCUGACUUCUAAACUAACUGAAAGCAGUCAUACUUCAAGUUCCUGUGCACCUGAUUUCUUGAGAGGAAAUCAUUAAGAAUAGUUCCCUAAGAGUGAAAAACCUUGUGCUUACCACGAGACAGUGGUAUUCUCUGUAUCUUCUAGUACAGUUAAGUGUCGCAUUUUUCUGCAUUUUCACAGGUGAUUUUAGAAGGAAAAGCCAGUAAAGUUGCAAAAAUAACCAUCAGUCCAGGCAAGAGUUCCACUGCAUUACAUUUGUAUAUAAAUUAUAGAUUUCUUGUCUGGAAGGGCGUUCUUACGUCAUUUUAGCUCGUUGUCUUUUCAAUCCUGUUAGAGCAAAAUUACCGCAUGAGGUCAUCCUACCAAGAGCUCUCAGAUAGGCCGGUUGAAUGCUGCCCGAAGUAACCACUUUAGGUAGAUCUCGAAAGUGGGGACUUUGUUUACUUGAAAAGUGGCCAUUUAAAGAUUCUUUUAACUGGUGACUUCAGGACGCGUGUUCAUUUUCAAGUUGGCCACUCAAGCUUCUUGAAAAUCCACAAUCCUUUGAACUUAAUCACUUCACAGCUUUAGUGAACUGAUAGUUGCAUGUAGAGGGCUGAUGAAAUGGCCAUUUCAAUAGUCAAUUUACUCCUUGAAAUGGCCUUUUACGACUUUUCAUGGCUACUUUACCGAACUCGUCAGAAUCGUUAAAGUGGUCAUGUCUGUUUCACAAAUGAAGGACUUCUAAUCUACCUUUAAAAUUCCUUUGUUAAGGAGUUUCUAAGAUUACUACACCAAGGAUAGGGAUGUUUUGUUAUUGUCUCCUUCAAUAUAUUUUCUUUUUUCCUGUGUUCAUUCUCAUUUCUUUUUUUCCUAUAUUUUCAUUUUCUCGGCGUGGGAGUUUUUUUCUUUAUUUUUCAGCGAAAGGAAAUACGAGACUGAAUCAGGGAGGACGAUACAGAGACUUAUUAAACAAGAGGAGUUAAUCAUCCAGGUCAGCUAGACUGUAGUUACUUUGAAUUAUUGAAUCUCAAGGGUAACCAAUGGUCUCCAAUUUCUACCUACUUUGUUGCCUCCAGUAAACCUUAUUUGCCAUGGUUAUAAAUGUUUCCUUAAUAUUUUACUCUUUAACUUGUGUAAAUUAUUUAUUAAGUUGUUUUUUGCGCUGUUAUUGGCUAGAGUAUUUCUAUGCAGAUUUGAAUUUGUGGUCCUUUUCCUAUUUCUGUAUAUUUUAAUUGAAAUUCAGCUGCUUAGAUUCUUUCGUCGAGUAUGAUUCCUUUACCGAUUAAUUUUGACAAAGGUACUCCAAGUCUUGAAAGAGCUAGGAAAGAUGUAAAAAUACAUUCUGGUAUAUGACAGUUGGCUAUGUAUACUCAACACCCCAACACGACCAAAGUCCGACUUCAUCGAUUCUUGGAUGCCUCGUUGUCUGACGAUGCAAUAUGUAUUUUUGUUUUGUUCUCAUUGAUUUAGAGUUAUGAUCGCCGUAUUUCCUCAGAUAAGCACCUCUCCCCUUCUCCCGAAUAAGCACCCACCCACAAGGCCGUGAUAUCAAACAAGCGCCCCUUCCAAUAAGCACUCCCCUUCCUCCCUGACUUUAUUAAUUAUAUCGAAGGGAUAAUAAGAAAACUUAUUUCGAUUGCAACUUUACCGAUAGCUUCAACAACAGCAGAUUCAGUACAGGUGGUGGUUUUAUAAAUGCCCUCCUUCCAAUAAGUGCCUCUCCUUGUGGUCGCAAUUUUAAAUAGGCUCUCCUUCUCUUAAUUGCGCUCUCAUUCUUUCACGGUAUCUUAUUUCAUUACUUUAUUUUGUUUGUUUGUUUGGUUGGUUGUGUUAUUGAGUGAUCUGCAGAAUAUAUCAUCCCUGCUACGCAGUGGGAUCUCUAGGAGUCCAUUAUACAGAUUGAUUCGGUUUCACUUUCUCUUGUCAAGUUUCACUUGCAAACGAACAUUUAAGCGCAUGAUCUUAAUACUAUUUUAUCUGAAACAGAUAGAAGUUCUGGACCACCUUUACAGCAGAAAGACGGUUUUGGCUGCACAUCUUUUUCCCUUUGAACUCAACCUUUCAGACUUCGUUUGAAUUUAUCACGAGCAACUCCUCAUCAUUUAAGUAAGAAAGUGGUAUCAUUUAAGUGAGGAAGUGUUUCAUGGCCAGUGCAGCAUUUUUGGCCACCCAAAAGAAUGAAACCGAGCUCACAAAAGGUACAAUAAACGUGUUGUUUCAGCUUCGUGUGUGAUAUCCGUUAUUGAACUCCACCUUUGCCCUGGCCUAUGUGGAGAUCUUCAUAAGCUGGGAUGCUGACUCAGACUGGAUACCAAAAGAGAAGAUUGAAAAGAGAAGAUUGAAUCCUCAAAAACCCCAUUAUUUAGUAGUUUUCUGGACCUAAGGAAUGUUUCCAGAAUAUUUUGUUUACUCCGUAGUUUCCCCGGAGCAGUCGACACAGUAAAUUGCUUCGUAUUUUUUUCGUAUUUUCAAGGGAUAAAAGAUUUUCAAUAACGGAGUAUUUUAGAAGUAUAGAACAUGGUUGGAAAAGAUUAUUCCAAGGUUAGCAUGUAUUUGAUGGAACAUGAUUGCUCGACAUUGUGGAAUAAAAGGUCGUCAUGAAAAGAUGUGUCCGAGUUCGAUACUCCAUAUCUCAUUUAUAGUCUAUUAAUUGAGUACUCAAUAUUGAGUAUUCACCUCGCAUCUACCCGCCCACCUCAAUCGUGGCCUUGUGUUGUGCCCGCAAAGCAGCUUGAAGGGAAAUGCCAUUCUUGGGAAAGACGUACGGUCGUCCAUACGAAGCCGUUUUUUGUGUAAUUUUAUUUUGUUCGAUUUUAUUUGAUUUUUUUUUACUUUUGAUAGGGAACUUUAGAUAUAGGACUUUGCACGUGCGCCUGACGUCAGUAACACCGCUGUAGGAAACCACGCGUAUGAAUUUUUUUAAUUCGAUUUAAUUUUACCUUUAAUGGAGAAUAUUUACCAAGCCAUGGUUGUGUGAAGGUUGGAUAACACUAUCCAGUGGAUAAAUCUCUAUACGAUGGAUAGCGAAUUACGUGACGUUUUGCUAUCACUUAUCCGCGGGAUAGCGAUUUAUUCGUUGGAUAAUGUUAUCCACCCUUCAUACAACUAGGCCUAAUUUGUAUUGUGACGAUCCUUUGGCCUAUGAUACUUCAAGACAUUGCAUUAUGUCUGAAAUAUGAUUGUGCACUCUCUUCUUGCAUUUUAUAUCACAUUUGGUCGGAGAAUACCAAGCUAGAUCCAGUUUUUCUGUUUUCUUAGUACUAUUGACCACUGCUUGCUAAUUAUUGUCACAGAAGAACAUUAGUUAUGCUCUUUUUUUCAGAACAAUUGAUGGAUGGAAACUCUAUUGUUGUAUGUAAGCAAGUUUGAAGGUUAUGACCUAAUGUGGAGUUUGUCUGAUUAUUGCUGCAUUUGAAACUCUGAUAAGGUUUUGAAAAUAAUUACUGAAAAACUUUUUUCAAGAAAUCUGAUUGAAAUUUGGUUUUUUUUUAGCAGCUCUCGCACUAAAGACAACUUUUCUUUCUCCUUCCUUGUCACGGAGCUCGUCUUCUUAUUUUUAGUGUUGUGUUUGUAUUUGUUUGUGUUGCAACACUCACCCUCUAGUAUCGGGCUCUAGGAGUUUCGUGAUUCAUUUCGCGUCAUAAAACAGAGAUAAAUAAACAAAGUGAUAUAAUGUACACCUCUUUGAAGUAAUAAAUAUAAACAGUCUUCUCUUAGCUUACUCUUAUCGUUCGGCACACCAAUUAGAGCAUUCCGAUAUCACUAUGAUUGAAAAAUAUUAAAACAGAUCAAGGAGAUCAUCAGUUUUCUUACCAUGGCGUCCAACUCUGUACAUAGAGGCACACACAGAAUCCAACUUCUCAAGUACUCCUGCAAUGUUCAAAGAGCCGUUAAAGCAAAAUGUUUUUCAAAGCCUGACUUAACAGAGCCUUCUUUCACUUCUCUCCAGCUGUGGUUUGGUCUAAAGAAACGCCAUCUUCACCUUCUUUUUCUGCAAAAAUCAAAUGAAGGAGGAAUUUCAGUUAAAGUCACGCUUCCACAUUUUCCUGGAAAUGCAAGGUACGAUUGACUAAGCAACUUCAUGCUAAUUUUGGCUGUAUUCCUAUUUCACAAUAUUCAAGGGGUAACAUAAAGUUUAUUUUCUUUUUACGGUUAUCGUCAUGAGACAUCUUGUGCAUUGCUAUGUGCUGAUGCGGAAGAAAAUAUAAGUAACAAAUGACACUACAAGAUACUGUUGACAUAAAAAAUAUCGUGUAACGUAUCUUGCAGGUUUUUCCAAGUUAUCAUCAUUACAUAUAGCUCAAACUAUACUGGUGCUGUAAACCCACCGGAAAGAUUUACAACACAAGACAUGAUGACGUAUGAAGAAGCGCACAAAUCUGCAGUUCCUGUUCCUUAUGUCGCUUUUCAGUUUAACGGAAGUGAUUUUGAUAAAAAUCGGGAAUUUGUUGUUGGAGACGGAGCGGAAUCCAGCAGUAAAGAAAGGAAUAAGAGAAGUAGUGGUGAUCACUUUUGUUACAACAAACCUCUGCAGCUGAAUACAAACUACAAAGUGUUCCUCAGGGCUUUUGUCUCCGAGGUACUCGAAAAAAACUUUUGUCAUAAGAGAGGGAUGUAGUAUGAAUUCAGUGUAAGAACUUAGUGACAAAAUUGACCCAUGGUUUUAAGGUUCUUGCAUUCGCUUACUCCGAGUCUGCACCCAGAUGUCUCCGGAAUUUUCCCCUCCUACACUAUUAUCUUGCCGUUGUUUACCAGCUCUUUGUUCUUAGUGAAUGCAGUGCUAUAACAGCAGCUUUUAGUAGACUUGAAAUGCUGAAGAGGUCUAAGUCACCACACCAUACCCAAACGUAGCAAAAGGUUACAGAUGAAUAAUUGGUUUUUUGUGGUUGUAUUUUUCAGACGGUUUAUGUCUCUAGUAACUUUAUAGACAUCAAUGCCAAAGGUAUUGAUGUUUUGAAUGUCUUUUUUGGUAUACUUUUCCUUUUUCAGAGGCAUCUAGCAUUCAGCAACCAAAGUUAGCUCAAUGUAGUCUGUGAGUUUCUUUAUUGGUAUGAGACUUUCAUGCUCUGUUGGUUUUCUUUCAGAGUUUGUAAGUUACUUCUCAACCGAGGUGCUUUUAAAUUAUUUUUUAGUCGGGAAGGGAUAGGCUGCAAAGCCUUACUGCUGUAUUUGUGCCUUGUUCUUUGUUAAGGAAAAAAAUACUCCAUGUUUAUAACAACUCAGGUAAACCUAUCAUCAAAGGUCUCCCAAAGACAACCAUCACAGAAAUUGGCAAACUGGCAAUGUUGACUUGUGAGGUUAGUGGAGACGCUAAUGCUUCUGUUACCUGGACCAAAGAUGGACUAAGCAGUAUACCUCGCGCUCAGUUCGAGAACAACGAGAAAAUACUUAUUAUAAGGAAUGUUGUUCCUGGCGACAGUGGCGUUUAUGAGUGUAAAGCAAUGAACAUGUUUGAAGAGAGCCGUACUGCUACGAUAGUGAUUGUCGCUGGUACGUAGAAAGUUUGUCACCUUUGUAUUGAAUAUUGGGUAACAAUAACAUUUGCAUUUCCUUUCGUGAAAUAAGUCUGUGAAGGAGUAAGAGUAUUUUUUUAUUAUUUUAAGUUACAGAAAUUGCCUUCCUCUACCAAAAUGAAUGUCUAAUCAUGGUUCUUCUAAGCAUCACGACAAUCACCAUGGCAACUGGUCUCAACCUUACUCCAGCCACUUAUUAACAAGUCAUUGAUGAAUUAGUGUGUGUACUGAGUACUAACCAAAUAUUAGAUGGGGUGAAAGAAAUAAGACAACACUGAUAACAACCAAACAAACCACCACUCAGCGCGCAAACCAAAAAAUAGAUCCUAGUAGUGUUCCCACAUGUUUUUUACACCUUUGCUCUGUUGUCACGAGCAUGAUUUUGUCUGAACUUGUUUUGGUAUCAUUUCGUUUUCCUCUUUUUUCGCACAGUGCCACCCAGAAUUAUCGAAGAAUUUUCCCCUUCCUCAGUGAUAUGUGAAAAGCAAAGUCCGUGUUUUCUCUCAUGUCAAGCAACAAGUUAUAUUCCCUUUAACUACUCUUGGACGAAAGAUGACCAGUUUCCAACUGGUGAAGGCAUCAAGUUCAUGAAUAACAGUAUCAUCGUCACGCCACAGAGUUCACAUGACUAUGGGGAGUAUGUGUGUCACGCUACAAACAGCUUUGGGUCAACAGAGUAUAAAAUCACUCUGCUUUCUCCCAAGGAUAAUGAAGAUGAUGGCGGUAAAUGCCCUCAAAACGGUAAAUAUUCCUUAAUAUUCGAACGUGCUUAAAUAUUUUCUUCUCAAAAAAUUUUGGAAAGCCUAGAGCUUUGAAGUCCAGUGUGGAGUUUAUGGGCUUCUAAUUACAGUUGUUUGGUAUAGCCAUUUAUGUAUCAAAAGCAAUAUUGUGUGGUGGUCUCAUACGCCGACGUUUCUCGGUGUGAAGGUACAUUUUCUUUCUUCAAUUAGAAAGUUAUAAUAAUGUGCAAUACAGGUAGAUCAUUCCAUAUAUCAUAAUUGGCCUGUUCGGUUGUAACUUAAUCAAAACAGAGCUAUAUGCAAUAUAGUUGAUAGCUGAUAGUUUGAAAAUCGUUUGUUUUCUUUCACCAGAUACACAAAGCAUCUUCCUUGCUAGUGUAAUCGUGCUGUCUUGUAUUGUGGUCGUGUUACUCAUUAUAAUUUGUGGGCUGAUAUGGCAGCGGAGACGAGCUUUUCCCAAUAAAAGGACACAGAGUGAAGAAAAAACUGACUUUGAUGGCGUCAAAUCUUUACCUGACCAACAGCGACGUGACCAGCACGCUUCAGACCCGGAUUUAUAUACGGAACUCAAACUCAGGCCUUCGAACCAAGAGUCUCAUAUUCCUACUGAGUAUCAGUCGUUACAGGAAGAACCCGAGAACCCCGGAUAUUACAAUGUGGUGUUUCAGAAAGAAAAUGGCGAGAAACAAAAUGAAGAAAUGUAUGUGGAAUUAUGCUAAUCUCUCAACUAAUUUUGUAUCCUUGUAGUUCAGAUUAUCCAUCUUGUGUUAUAUGCUAUGCUUAGUUAUAUGCGCAUGUUGAUUUGUUCUGUAUGGUCUAAUGGAGGACAGACGUAUAGAUGACGUCACCAUUAACAAUAUCUUGCUUCUACAUUGUAAAAGCAAAGAGAUUCCAUGUUGCCGUGAGUCUGUUCUGUAAUAAGUCACAGAAGACGUCAAAAUGUGCUAAAAAGAAUAGUGCCAGACUCGACUGCGCUUCGUGUGCCACACUUAAGUUCUCACCACAUUUUGACGUCAUCUGUGAUACAUAACAGAACAGACACACGCCUACAUGGAAUCUAAUUGUUAAUUAGAAACGGUACUUCGGUUUGUGAAGGACUUUGCUUUUGUCUCGCUUAAAGAAACACUUCGUAAUUUGGCAAUGAAAUGCAUACGUUUGAAGUUUUCUCCUCUUCAUUAUCGUCAUGAUUACUCUUACUAUCGCAGUGUCGCAUAGAGUGCAGUUACCUGAUAUAGUUGUAAGGAAAAUAUACAAGAUACACUGGUAACACUAGCUUACCCAGUAGAUCCUGUUUGCGAAUGUAUUCUGUUUACUACAAGAACAGACAUGACCUUUGUUAGUUUGUGAUCAAGGCAGUUUUGAAGUAAGGCCUUAAAGACUUCUUCAACGCGCAAUAACCUUUGAUUUGGUCCAUUUAAAAUUAAUUUCUUAUAUCUCUCUUAUAUUUUACAUGUAUCUGUAUAAUUGUAUCUUUUCCUAUUGAUGUGAAAUGUCAUAAGAUGGAAUCGCGUAUAGCCAGAUCUGAACAUUCAGUUAUAACCUCGAAUGAGAAGUAAAUGAAAUUCAUAGAUUUGGGCGAGGUCCUUAAACUGAACGAAACCUCCUAGGAGACAGUGGCACAUGUAUAAAAACUUACUUUUCUAAAUGAAUCCCUGUUAUCAGGUGAGAUUUUAUCUACAUCAUUUUACACCGGUAGCAGCACGAGAAUUCGAAUUCAACUUAAGGUGUGUCCUGAACCAGUAGUAAAAAUGAAAGAAUUAAAUAUGCCAUUUUUUUAAAGAGUUAUUGGAUGUAAACAUAGAUCAAAGCGUAACAAUGUCAUAUAUUUUUUUUACCAGUACUGAAAGUUGUUCCUUAUAUUUUACCCUUUUAAAAGGGUUCUCUUUUCUGAGUCAUUUAUUGGACAUAAGGAACGUUUUCAUUAUAUUUUAAAAUAAAUUCUUCUUAACUGUAAAGACAAUGUAUUGCAAUUGAAAAAUGUUAAGCAACAGAGUAUUAUUAGUAGGUGUUUGUAGAUAGGAGAAUAGAAAAUAGUACAAUAUUUUUGCUCUGUGAGAUAUUUUUAACUUACAGAGCACUUACUGAUUGAAGAAAAUGCUUGUAGAAGUUUUUCCGAGGCAAUAACAUUUUAGUAAGCAUUUAAAAUGCACAGAACUUAAGUAAGAGA